AUGGCUUUCGGCCUGAGCAAUAGUCCAUGUGGACUAGAGGUUGCAACAGCUGGAGUCGAGCUUGAGUCUCUGCAGCUAAGCUCUAUCCUUUCAGUUCCUAGUGAAUAUGUUAGUGAGCUCUCUUGUUCGACGCCUGGAUUCUAUUCUGAUACUACGUACGACUACUGUCGCCCUAUAAUCGAGGCCGCCUUCGACUUCUCUCCACUAUCUUCUACUUCUCUGUAUGAGGGUUUGCUGUGGGAAUCGUGCUGGAAGGAUUAUGUUGAUGACUGGCAGAUCGCCGGGGACCACAUAUGCCAAGUCCACUGGAAUAAAGAUCUGAGAGUUGGUGUCGCAGGCUAUAGAGGCUUUACCUUCUCGGAUGCCAAGCAGUUCAAUACAUGGUCCCUGGGCGAGGCGGAUGUUCGCUCCGUCCUUGGUUAUCGUGUUACUUCUGACGAUCAUCUUCUACCGAUACUUGAUAUAGAAGAGCUUCCCUUGGGUGUCCCUAAACGAGAGAUAAGCAAGGCUCUCUCUAGUCUCUAUGAUCCACUAGGUAGAUUCUUGGAGUACUCUAUGUGGGGGCGGUCCCUCUGGCGACAGGCGGUGGUAUCGGUGUCGUCCACUGGCAUUCUCUCUUGGGAUCUCCCAGUUAGUGAUGAUAUAGUGCAGGCUGUGAACUCGUGGGUCCGAUCGGUUUCGAUCUUGCACAAGACCCCUCGCUUUGUACCUGUACGCCCAGGUCCCUUUCUACAGGGAACGGUACAAAUUAUUGUCAGUCUAGAUGCUAGUGGCAUGGGUUGGUCGGUGGAUAUCAGAAGUAGGCUGCUUGUUGGAAGAUCUUCCUAUCCCAUAUCUCCAAGACUACUCGGUCGUGGUGGGCUCUUCCCAAAUAGCAAGAAUUCAUUGUCUACUUCCGACUCUCUUAUUGCCUCGCAUAUUGGUACAACCUCUCGGAAGGAGCUGCAUGCCCUGCUAAGGGGUAGUGAAGAGGCCGUCCGUCUUGACCGUACCUGCUCCUUGGACGAUUCUACUAAGUUCAUCAUCUGUACUGAUAGCUUGAUCAACCUUCAAAGACUCAAAUGGCUUGGAUCGAUGUCAGAAGCGAUGGCCAGUCUUAAGGUUCGCAAGGGAGGUCGUAAACGACAACUUUCUGACCACGACUUGAGAAGACUAGUGCAAGUCAGGGAACUUCUGCUGAGCCUGAGUACUUCAGUAGUAGUUGUCCAUGUGCCAUCUUCUCUCAAUGUGUCUGAUGCCGCAUCGCGCUGUUUACCCAACUGUGAUGUAGACCUUACUGAGCUCAAGGUCUUGCUCGAUAAUAUCCAUCUACGCCCUCAGUAUGUACCCCCAAGUAUCUCGAGUUCCGACCACGCGCUUGACGAGGCCUAUGUUGAAGAAGCUCAAGACUUGGUGGUUGAUGAUGUUGCAUGUAUCCUACAAGGGCUCACUGAUGAAGAAGCAUCCUUAUGUACCCUCACUCCUCGACCUGGCCAGAUGCCUGUCCCUCUACCUGAGUGUGAUGAACUCCCCAAGUUGACAGCUGAUGAUAAGUCACGCCUUGACGAGAUUAUCACGGAUUCUAUACAACAAGACGGAGAGAUGUGUGCGGUGUUUAUCUUCCUUACCAAGCAUAAGUGCACUGGUCAUCUUUCUCCGGACCGUGUUAAGCGAUUGUCUAACUCUUAUCUCGUUGAAGACGGUAAGCUGUAUCGUCAUGUGCUACAACGUCCUGAUGGUACUAUCGUACGUCAGCGCGUUAUCGGCCGGGGAGCCCGUCACCUGCAACAUAAAAUUAUUUUCGAUCUUCAUGUACGGAACUCUCAUCUCGGUGCUCGAGGUUUGGGUCGGUUGGUUCAAGAGACCUACUUUUGGGUUGGCUUGGAGAAGGUCGUUAGAGAUGCUCUGACAAGGUGCCGUCCGUGCCUCAGAACUCGUUCUCUCCGCUGCUUCAAUAGUUCUGCUGGUGUAAAACAUGUUGAGAACCUACUACCGGGUCAAGUACUAGGCGUUGACUUAUAUUUACCUCAAGUCCACACCCCGAGUACUACCAACCGUAGCUCUUCGAAGCGCGAUGAUGUUUCUGCCUGUUUGGUCCUAACUGAUAUGGUGUCUGGGUUUCUUACAUGCCAGACCCUGACUGGCAGUGUCACCAGUGGUACUAUCAUAUCCGCUCUGUCAUUAUGCUUCAGUAACACCAUCAGACCUGCCGUUUUGAUGCACGAUAAUGCCAAGGUAUUUCUCUCGAGAGCGGUAUCCGACUGGCUCGGUUCGAGGGGAGUUCAGCAAUUAGCUGCGCCGUUGUAUGCUCCAGAACUAUGUUUCUGGGAACGGUCACAUCGGGAACUUACUCAGUCAGUCAAGGCUGUUGUCAAUGAUGCCUCUUCUAACAAGCUAUGGUGGCAGGCCGUGGUUGAGGCAUGUGAUGCUUUGAACGACGUUCCUAUAGACCAGCACUUAUGGGUCUCACCUCGUAUGCUGAUGUUCCCCCAUUAUAAUCCUCAAGUCUUCUAUGAUCAGAAGAAUGCCUCGAUCGAGUCUCUGCGUUCUCGUCUUGUUCCAGUUGACGAUUCUCGGUCUGCCCAACGAGUCCGUGAGACCGCUAUCGUAUCCCAUCGUGCAUCAGUAUUGGCUUAUCUACGACACUGGCAAGAUCAACGGGAGCGCUCACGUUGUCGAGUCCUUUAUGGUGUGCGUAAUGGUCAGCAGUUCAAUCUACCGGUUGGCAGUAGUGUUUAUCACUAUGUUACCUCUGGCAGCAAGCUACAAGGCAGAAUGAAAGGCCCCUUUCGUGUGGCUGCUGCGGCGGAUGGGGCGACUGUGUUGCUACAGGGUUUCAACGGUCAGUGCUUUAAGGCCUGGGUAACUAACGUUGUUCCCAUCCCUCCGUGGCCAUCCUCUGAUACCGAAGGAAUACCUUCUGACGAAGAUUCUCAGCCGAAUACUACUGGUGUUGAGAUUAUCCAAGGAUGUCAGCAAGUAGAAACUCAGGGACCUGUGAGAGUUCCAGUUCCUUCUAGUCAAUAUCUCAGUCGACUGCCCUUCGAGUGGAAUCUCGAUGAUCUCCCACCUUUGUUGGUUCUCCCACCGCCUAUGAGACCUUGUUGA